AUGGCUGGAGAACCGGAGGAAGGGGACCCGGUGCCAUCUGUUGGAUUAGAAGGAGCCAUCUAUACACUUGUCAAAACGACAAUCUUCGAAGUUCUGAAGGAGGUCUUCGUAUACGGUCACGUCGACUCCGCGGACAAGCUGUUCAAGAAUAUCAGCGAGAUUAAGAGCAAGGCUUCAUUGGACAAACAAGUUCAAUAUCGAUGA